AUGCGCAUGGACCUGCUGUACCUCGCCUGGAAGCUGCACGCGGCUUGCGGGUUGCUGCGAGAUCGACCUGCUGACGUGGACAUCGCACUUGACGACAACACCAACGAUCCAACAAUCGCCCGAGAGGCUGCAACAACACCCGAUAUCAACGAAGCCCUCAUCGAAAUCUUUAUUCAGGCAGGGCGGCGCGAAGAAGAACGGCUCCAAGUCCUGGAGGCAAAGUUGGAAGGUCGCGGCGACUACAAGAAACGAUAA